AUGUCUACCGUCAAAGAAUCACCCUUGGCCUUUAUGGAGGAGCUCGGCAGCCCAUUUGUGCUGUAUUACUGCCCAAAAGAGUCAGCAUCAACCACCAAUUCUGACGAUCCCUCUCUUAUCAUUAUUCUAUCCUGGUCAAAUGCUCGCGAAAUUCACAUAGCAAAGUAUAUUUCCGAGUACCGCGCUAUCUAUCCAACAUCUGCUAUAUUGCUCUUCCGAUCUUCUCCCAUGCUCUUUCUGGAACUCAAACGCCGUCGUCCUCUCUUCAAAGCGGCUCUACCAAUUCUCACAUCUCUUUCCAGUAAAGAGGGUACCAGACCUCAGUUUCUACUCCAUGUCUUCUCCAAUGGUGGAGUGGGCUCUGCGGUGACUUUGUGGGAGCUGUGGGAGUCUGCACUCGGAGAAAAGCCAGUUCCUCGACAUGCAGUUGUGAUGGACUCGUGCCCGGGCUACUUUCACUGGAAACGCGAUCAUCAUGUAAUUUCCUUGGACUUUCCGUGGUUUAUGUCACCUUUUAUCUGGGUGAUUAUGGCCGUUGGUUGGGUGUACUGUAUGUUGAUCCUCAAAGGGGUACCGCAUAAGCCUAAUGCCAUAGCGCUCAAUACCUGGGAGAGAAUAAGUCGGGAGACUACAAGGACGUAUUUAUACGGCGAUGCGGAUCUGCCAGUUAGUUUUGAGGACAUUGAGUCUCAUGCACGAGAGGCAAAGGAGAACGGUGCGAAUGUACGAACAGAAUUGUUCCAGGGAGGCACGCAUGUUUCUCACGUCAGAGUUGAUGCCAAUAGAUACUGGAAGAUUGUUCGAGAGACCUGGAAAGGAAGGACUGGGUGA